GGAGGAGCAGAAGGUUCUGACCCGGCAGCUGGAGGAGGAGAGGCGGGGCCAGGAGGACAGGCUCCACCCACAGGACACCUGAGCCAGGCGAUGGACGGCGGCGGCGCGGCGGCGGGGCUGGAGGAGGGGGAGGUGGAGGGGGAGACGCUGCUGAUCGUGGAGUCGGAGGACCAGGAGGACCAGGAGGACCUGUCACAUGACCAGAGCGGAGACUCGCUGACCAGCGACCUGGGCGAGGACGCGGAUGGCGGCUGGGCCUGCGAGGACAUGUCCUUCUACUGCGACCGCUGCCACAAGUGGGUCCCUGCAGGUCAGCUCCGCGGCGACCAGCCCAGUUACCUGAAGGGAGACAACUUCUUCAAGUUCCUGUGCUGCAACUGUUCUGAGGACGGCAAGGAGAGCUUCGAGAGGCUGAGGCUCACCUGGCAGCAGGUGGUGAUGCUGGCCAUGUACAACCUGUCUCUGGAGGGAACGGGGCGGCAGGGCUACUUCAGGUGGAAGGAGGACAUCUGCGCCUUCAUUGGUCGACACUGGAACUUCCUGCUGGGGAACAGGAAGAAGACGUCUACCUGGUGGAGCACGGUGGCCGGCUGCCUGUCCGUCGGAAGCCCCGCCUUCUUCCGGUCCGGAGCGCAGGAGUUCGGCGAGCCGGGUUGGUGGAAGCUGGUCCAGAACCGCCCCCCCACGCUGAGGCCGGACGGCGACAAGGCCAGCACCAAGACCAAAGCGGCCCGGCCGCCCCUGGACCCCAUCAUCACGGUGGAGGGCCUGCGGAAGCGCGGCGCCAGGAACCCGGUGGAGAACGCCAUGCAGCUGAAGGAGAAGCGCAGCCGCACGCAGGAGGCCAAAGACAUCCGGCGCGCCCAGAAGGAGGCGGCGGGCGGAGGCUACGCCGACCGCAGCGCCUCCUCCACGCCCGUCAAGCUGGGUGUGAGCCGCAGCAGCGCUCGCCGCCCGGACCUGGUGCUGGAGCGCGGCGAGGUCGUCGACUUCUCCUCGCUCAGCUCGUCGGACCGGACGCCGCUCACCAGCCCCUCGCUCUCACCGUCACCGGACUUCUCCGGGCCGGGGACUCCGGCCUCCCACUCGGCCACGCCCAGCCUGCUGUCGGAGGCCGACCUGAUACCCGACGCCAUGCCGCCGCAGGCGCUGUUCCACGAUGAUGAGGAGCUGGAGACGGAGGGGAUGAUCGACCCGGGGAUGGAGUACCUGCCCCCGCCCAGCGCCAGCCGGAAGAAGCUCCGCCCCCCGCAGACUCUGAUCAAGCGGGAAUCUGAGAGUGAGGAAGACAACGCCCACUUCGAGCAUCCGGCGGGCUGCGGUGAGGCUCCGCCCCCUGAGAGGCGGGUGGCAGAGCGUCGCAGGAUGAACCUUCAGGACAAACCGGACGGCGCCGCGCCGCGGCCCGUCGUCUCCGCCCUCAGCCUGUACGACGAGCGGCUGCUGCUGCGGCGGCUGGACGGCUGCCCGCUGGCGCUCGCCGUCACGCCACAUGCCAAGCGCCUCCGCAGGAAGCUGCUGGUCCGCCACGCCAAGCGUCAGAGAGGGCUCCCCCUGCUGGACAUUGACCGCGCCGUCAGCGCCGCGCUCAGCCUGGUGGGAGGGAUCUAUGGCACACAGGAGGCGGAGCCACGGCCUGUGGGCGGGGCUAAAGGGAAGUACUGCACCAGCAGCCAGGAGCAGCGGAUUCUGGACCGCUUCCAGACCAGCGUGUCCAGCCGGCCGGUCCAGCAGCGCUCCGUGUCUUUCUGGCACCGCCUGAUGGGAGCCGAGGGCGGUCUGGACCAGAACAUCAAGAGUCCGUACACGGCCCGGAUCCUGAAGCCCUUCAUCAGGAGGGACUUUGAGUCCCGCCCCCUGAAGCUCCGCCUCCUGGCUGAGAUCCGGGCGUUUCCCCACAGGACGGAUCCGGACUGGACCCCAGAACCCGACGCUCCCAUCGACUACUGCUACGUCCGGCCCAACCACAUCCCCUCGGUCAACGCCAUGUGCCAUGACAGCUUCUGGCCAGGUGUGGACCUGUCCGAGUGCCUGCAGUACCCGGACUUCAGCGUGGUGGCGCUCUACAGGAAGGUGGUGGUGGGCUUCGGGUUCAUGGUUCCGGACGUGAAGUACAGCGAGGCGUACAUCUCCUUCCUGCUGGUUCACCCGGAGUGGAGGCGCGCCGGCAUCGGCACCUUCAUGAUCUACCACCUGAUCCAGACGUGCAUGGGGAAGGACGUGACGCUCCACGUGUCGGCCAGCAACCCGGCCAUGCUGCUGUACCAGAAGUUCGGCUUCAAGGCCGAGGAGUACAUCCUGGACUUCUACGAUAAAUAUUACCCAGUGGACAGCAGCGAGUGCCGCCACGCCUUCUUCCUCCGGCUGCGGCGCUGACCCGCACUCUGGUCCUGGUGCGGGUUCCGGUACCGGUCCGCGUCUGGUCCCGGUCCGGCUUGAGUCCAGGAAGUUUAGAAGCUUGUCAGAAACAGACGGAUCAGAAGUAUUCAGACCCCUGAUACAUUUCCACUGAAGCUAAUGUUGUGGUUGGAGCUCCGACCCGGUUCUGACCCGGUUCCGACCCGGUUCUGACCCGGUUCCGACCCUUCCAGUUUAAACCUGUAGGGCCCAGAGUCCUGUGUUUCCAUGUUUGACCAGCAGGCGGCGCCGUUUCCCCGAGUCACAAAUGAAUAAUUUUUCAUUUGAUUAAAAUGAUAAAUAUAAUUUUCUCAUCCUGAUGACAUGAAUAAAUAA